AUGCAAACUGCAUGCUGCCUACAUUGGUCUUCGACUCUCACAUCCGAAAACAUGUCAAAUGGAGACACCUCCCUUUCGGGAAAACUGUUAGCCAAGAAUGCUAAAGUGCGAGUCCGCCCCCUCGCGGCUCAAAGGAGCUUCUACAUACCAAUGGAAGACGCCAAAUUUAGAGGGCGUUAUUGGUUUUCCCAUCAUUCAGAAGACAGGGUCUUGCACGACUCGCACCCAGGCUUCCCCCCAUGCCACCUACCCCGAUUCCGCAUUUGUUGUAACAGUGAGGAUCACCACGGACAUUUAACGAGAUGCGUACCCUUAAUUACAUCGUAUUAA